AUGUUUGGUCAGAUUUUGACAGGACUGGCGCAACCGUUUGUAUUGGCGGCCCCUACACGCUACUCCGAUCUAUGGUUCACCGAGUCUGGACGUGUUAGCGCCACAGCCAUAGCCUCGCUAGCGAACCCUUUUGGCGGUGCUGUAAGUAUACCUCUGCUCAAGAGUGACAUUCAGCUACACAAGAUUGACACCACACAGCUCGCCCAACUGGUUAAUCCAUCCCUUGGAUCUGUACCUGAUAUUGUUCUCUACGUGGCCAUCAUCUCGACCAUAGCUACUCUCCCUUCGCUCUUCAUCCCCGCCAAACCUCCAACUCCACCUUCAGCCUCGUCAGAAGUGCUGAAAGUUGCUCUCGUUCCAUCUUUAAAAAAAUGCUUGCGCUCUCCACCCUUCUACAUCGUCUUUAUCACCUUCUCCACCUACGUUGGCUUCUUCAACUCCUUCUCCUCGCUCCUCAACCAAAUCCUGUACCCCUACGCCUACUCAGAAGACGAAGCCGGAAUCUGCGGCGCCAUAUUGAUUGUGGUCGGACUUGUAGCUGCAGCCAUCACAUCGCCAAUCUUCGACCGCACGCAUGCGUACCUGAAGGGCAUCAAGAUCCUCUGCACCCUUAUAGCCCUUGCAUAUCUGGCUCUGAUCUGGGCACCUCAAACAAGAGGACUGGCGGCUCCGUACGUCCUUUCUGCGGUCGAGGGCGCGGCGUCCUUCUCCCUUCUCCCUAUAUCGCUCGAGUACCUAGUUGAGAUUACCUUCCCUGCUUCCCCUGAAGUCAGUUCUACCAUCUGCUGGGCAGGUGGACAGCUGUUCGGGGGCAUUUUCAUCGUUAUCAUGAACGCGUUGAAGGAUCAGCGACCUGUCAACCUUGCGGUGGUUAGGGAGCUGGGCAGGGGCGCCGGGGGCGAUUCGAGGCCGCCCGGCAAUAUGUUCAGGGCACUUGUCUUUCAGGGAGCGCUUGCUUUAGCUGUGUUGCCUUUGCCGUUGAUGCUGGGCAUCAAGCGAUUGGGUCUGGCGCACGGAGAGGGCAGGCUAAAGGUGGAUGAGCAUAGGAACGAAAGUCUAGUAGAAGGAGAAGAAGGGACUUGA